AUGGGAGAACUUGAAGGAAACUAUAAUAUUGAUGAUUUAGAUGCUCCACAUUAAACAUAAUAGAAUAGUUUUUAAAAAUAGAUGACAUAAUUUGCAAAAUAGGGAACAAUUUUUGAAAAAAAAUAAACAGAGAAUCCAAAUUAAGUUUAAUAUAAAUAAGGAGAUAUUUAAUUUAUGAAAUAAAACUUUGAUUUCAUGCUUGAAUUAGUUAAUAAUAAUAAUAAUUAUAAAGUUAGGGAUCAAAAAUCUUAACAAAGUUAAAUUAUUUUUAUGGAGUAUUAUCAUUUUUUAAAACCGGAAUUAAGUUUAAAAUUAGAAUAAUGUACAGAAUCUGAAUUUAUUAAAAAAUAUAAUGGUAGAGAAUCAAUAUCUUUUGUAAUUUCCUAAUUCUAUAAAUAUCAUGAAUAUCUUAAAUAAGUAUUUGCUGAUAAGGAUUAUAAAUAAUAAUGGGAGAUUAAUUUUCCUUUUUAUGUAAAAGAUGAUAAGUGUUAUAGUGAAAAAUCUCUAUUCUCUACAUAUACUAUAUAAAUAGUAUUUUAAAAACUUCAUGAGUUUCAAGAAAAAGUUAAGUAAUAUGCUACAAAUUUAGGAGAUGUUGAAAAAAUAUAAUGGAGAAUAAGUGCUAUAUCUACUUUAGAAGUUUUAGUUAGUAAUAUGGUUGAUUUUAAUAAUUACAAUAAUAAAUCAGUAGAUAUUCUAUCAAUUUUAGACUACAUAUUAAAUUAGAAUUCUUUAAUUAUGAUUCUACUCUAAAUUCUUUAUUGUAAUAUGCUUAAAUAAUCAAAUAUUUUAUCAGUUUUAAGAAGAGUUUAUGUUGAAUUUAAUGAGGUUCAAGAAUUGCCAUUUGAAAAUUAUUCUUAAGAAUAAGGUUUUGAUACAUAUUUUAGAUUUGGUUAAACUAAUUAUUAUUUAUAAUAAUAAACUUUAAUAGUUAGAUUGAAUAUUUUGAAUAUGAAAAAACAUUAAUAAGUUAAACCAUUAACAUUAGGUAAUAAGCAAGUUUCAAGAAAUAAUAUAUUGAAAGAAUAAUAAUAAAUCGAUUAUUAUUAUUGCAAUAUUAUUAAUGAAGAAGAUUUACUCUUUUAAAUAUUCAAUUCAAAUUAAUUAAUUUAAUAUUUAUUUCAGAAACUUGAGAUAGAUCGUAAACUUUAACAAAUAUCAUAAAAUAUAAGUUAAAUGCUUAAUAAAGAUAUAAUCAUUUCAGUAAAUCAUUAAUCUUUAUCAAAUGUAUUAUAGCCAGAAAUAUAAUAAAUUAGAAAAUUAUCAGAUAGAAAAGAAUAGCUAAAAUAACAAACUUAAGUAAAAGAAUUGCUAAUUAAUCUAUCUGAUUUUUUCUUGCAUAAAUCAGAAAAGUUAUUGGUUGAUUAAAUUUAAAGUCAUGAAUAUGAAUAUUAAUUUUAAACAACUCUAUCUUCUUUACUUCAUUCUUUAAGAUAAGGAUUUAAUCGUUCAUAAGAAGAAAUACCAAAUUAUCGUAAAAUUGUAUCUGUUUAAAAAGCAAAAGUCGUUACUAAAAUUAGAUAUCCAAAAAGAAAUUGUGAUAAAUUAAUAAGUUUAUAUUUUGGAUUUUAAUUAAAGACAAAUUAUUACUUAUCAUAAAAUAGAAUUGGAGAUUUAUUAAUAGUAGUUUAUAAAAAUGAAUAUCAUUAAGUUACAACUAUGUUAGGUUAAUUAGUAGAUAAUAGUAGAUAAGGAAAACUUGUAUUAUAUGAAUUCGAUGAUUAAUCAGUAUCAACUUUAUCAUAAGAAUAAUUUGAAUAAUAUUGUUCAGUUUCUAAUAAGAUGAGAAAAGAUGAUAGUUUAGAUGAUUCUUUAGAAUUUAUUGAAAAUGAAAAUAUAGUUGCUGUAAUACUAUUUGAAAAAGGUUGGCCAUAAGAUUAAAAUUUUAUUAACAAUAUAUCAAAUGUAUUUAUUACUGAUCAAAUUGGAACCUUAUAUUUUAUUCAUGAAUAACGUUUUGCAAGAAAGAUGUUUCAAAUAUAAGAAACAGACAGUGAAUCAAUUAAAUAAUAACUAAUUGAUGAUGCUUUUGGAAAAAAUUAAUUAUAAACUUAUAGUUAAUUUACAGUCUCUGAAAUUAUUCCAAUUUUCCCAAAUCAAAUUAUUUAUGAGUUUUCUUCUGGAAAAUUUAAGUAACAUAAUCCAGAUGUUGAAAAUUGUUGGAAGAUGAUCAUUAAAAUUAAUGAUACUGAUUUUUAAAUUGAUAAAAUGAAAUUAAAUUUAUUAAAUAUAGCAUCCUAUUUUGAUUCAAAUGAUACUGCUUAAUAUCAUAUUAAAUAACUCACUUAAUUUAAGGAAUCUCACAAUGAAUUAUCUAAAAUAUAAUUAAGAAUUAAGUUUAGUGAUUAUUUAAAUUAAAAUCCCUCUUAUUAUUUAGAUAAAAUUAUGGAAUCACACAUUGCUUUUGCUGAAUUUCAAUCAGGUUAUGAAACUUUUUUUUUAGAUAAAUUUAUACCUAAAAUUGAAAAUUCUCUUAGUUUCAUGUUUGAUAUAAAUCAAGCAUAAAUUAAAAAAAAUCUAUUAACUAAUAUAAUUAAAAUUAUUGAAUUUUCUUUUGAAUUAACACAAGAUAAAGUUAAUUAACUUAUUACUUUUGAAAAUGGAGUUUUAAAAUUAACAACAUUUUUAAUAGAAGAUACUAAUAGAUCUUUAAGUAUAGAAGUUCCUUAAUCUAAUAAAAUUGGAUAGUUUUUGAAUUAAUUAAUAAUCAAUUUUGAUAAAUAUAAUUUUCAUGAUCUUUUAAUUGAUAAAAAGAAAUUCGAAAUAUCCAUAAAUUAAGAUUUUGAAAAAUUAUUUGAAUAAGAUGUGUUAACAUUGAUUCUUUUAUCAAAAUAUUUGCAUAAAUUGAUUGCAAUCAAAAACGAUAAAAAAAUAAUUUUUAAGAUAACUAAAUAAGAUUCAAAAUCAAUAGCUUUAUAUUAAUUUUCAAAAGAUAGAAAUGAAGUGUUACUUUUUUAUAAUAAAUUUGAAGAUUUUAGUUUGGAAGACUUUUUACUUGAUUAUUUAAAUAAUCAUACAAGUUAAUAUUCAAAAAUUAGUUAUUUAGAAUUGGAAAAGAAAAUACUUAAUAAAAAUUAAUUAAUGUUGUAAUCAAUGAAUUUUACUGCUGAUGAUUUUAUAAAAAAAGAAAAAUAUUAACCCUAAUAAUUUGAACUUUAUAUACAUUAUGGAUAAUAAAAAAUACAGAAAUUAGAAGGAAGAUUAGAUCCAAGAGAUUUUGAAACAGCUUUUAUUAUUAUAAAAGAGUAAUUUUAUAAUAAAGUAGUAUGUAUAAAAAGUUGUCAAAAAUAUUCCCCAUUAAUAUAAUAUCUUAAAUAAAAUUCUUCAGAUUAGAAAUGUGGAUUUUCAAAAUAUGUAUUAAUUAAUGGAGUAUCAGAAUAUAUAUCCUUAGAUGAAUAGAUGUCAAAAAUUAAAAUAAUAACCAAAAAUAAUAUAGAGAAACCUCUAACUUUUUACAAAAAUUAUUCAACUACUCUGAAAGCAAAAAUAAAUUUUAUUACAUCAAAUAUUGUCUUAGUUAAUUUUACUUGUACUAAACCAUUAGAGUUUAUGAUAAAAUCAAAUUAAUUUAAAUUAGCAUUUAUGAAAUAAGAUUUUUAAUCAGAAAUUAAACUAACUUUUCUUCCAGCAUCAGAUUUAUAAAUGUAUAAGUUUUAUCAUACUGGAAUUUCAUUUAAAAAUGAAUAUAAAUAAGUUAAUAAAGAAGCCUAGCAAAUUAAAAUUUAACAAAAUUAUUCAUUGAAUGAUAAAUUAUUAAAAAUAAUAAUGAAAUCUUUAAAUAUAAGAGAAGAUAUGCAAAUUGAAUAAAAUAAUAAAAAUAUCAAUUUAAAUUAGAUCUUAAAUAAUAAUGUGUUGAACAUUUAAAGUAAAUAAUUAAUAAAUUAGUCAACACAAGUAGGAUUUGAAAGAAUGGAUGUAAUUGAAAUUAAAGAUAAUUUUGGAAAUAAGUCAAAUUCUUUUGUGUUAUAAUAGAUAGUAUUUGUCCAUUCAAUUUAUUAAAAAAUUUAAAUAGUUCCAAAAUAUACAAAAGAAGAUACAGGAUUGAAAAUUUAUUGGGAACCAUAAAUAAAAGGGAUAUAUAAUUUAUAUAUUAAUAAUUAAAAAGUGGAUAGUUACUUUACUGUUUUGGCUACCUAAGUAGAUAUAGAAAAAUCAGUCUUAGAUUUCCCAGAAAAGUUAAAGAAGAUUCCUUAUUAUUAAGAAAUAACAUUUAAUAUUUAUUUGAAAGAUAGAUUGUAAAAUAUAUAUGGGUCAAUUGAAAAUAGUUUGUAAAUGACUAAUGUAGAAGUUUUGAGUUCAUAUAAAAAUUUUAAUAUUGAACAAAAUUAUUCAAAAUUAUCUUUGGAAGGUAAAAUGGAAGUAACCUUAAGAAUUCUUCCAAAGAAUGAGGAUGCUACAGAAAAAUAGGAGAUAGAUUUAAUAUUUAAGAUUAAUGAUCAAAUAAAAAUGAGUAAAAUUAAUUUUAUUUAUUAUUAGCAAAAAUAUUAUAAUUAGAAGGAGUUUCAUUUGAAAAGAAUAUGUAAGAUUUCUAAAGAUCUAUUUUUUAUGACAAUAAUGGAAAAAAGAUUUACAAAGUUGAGAAGUAGGUACAAAUAGUACGUGCAAAUUUUUUGGAUAGUUUACUUAAAUUAUAAAAUGAAAAAUUAAUGGGGCCAUUGAUGAUUAAAUUUGCAAAUGAGUAGGGAUAUGAUGCAGGUGGUUUAAGAAAAGAAUUUUAUUCAUUGAUAGGUAAUGAAUUAAAAGGGGAUAACUUAAAAUCUGAUCAAUAUGGUUAUUUUAGUAUGUUAUCACCUGGAUAUUAUUUUAUUGAUUAAAGAUUUUUGUAAAUUCCUAAGAAAACAGAUUAUGCAUUUGUUUUUGGAAAGGUAUUUAUUAUAAAUUAAAUUAAAAGGUUGUAGCAAAUUCAAUAUUUAAUAAUCAUUAAAUAGGAAUUCAAUUUUAACCAUAGUUUUGGAAGGUGCUUUUUGAAGAGAAGAUCUAAUUUAAAGAUCUUUAAGGAUUUUUAGAUCCUAUUACAUAUUAAAAUUAUGAGAGUCUACUUUUAAAUGAUGAUGUGACAAUGGAAUUGUUAUGUCUCAAUUUUACAUAUUAAAAGAAAAAAGAUUUGAUAAAUUUGAUACCAGAUGGAUAGAAUGUAAUGGUUAGUAAAGAGAAUUGUUAAAUUUAUUUAGAUAAAGUUGCAGAAUACUUAAUUCAACAAUAGUAUUAAGAAAUAUAUACACCAUUUAGAGAAGGAUUUUCAACAGUCUUGGAUAUAAAAGUAAUUAAUAUAAUAUAUGAAUAUAAUAGAUUUUGAAAAAGUAUUUUAAGCCAAAUGAUAUGGGUCUUAUAACUUUAGGAGUUUAAGAGAUAAAACCAGAACAAUUAAUUAAUUUAAUAAAAUUUAAAGGAGGUUAAGAUUAUCAUAUAUCAUUUUUUAAUACUUAUGUUAAUUAAUUGGAUAGUAAAAAAAUAAAAGAACUAUUGCAAUAUAUAACUGGAACACCAACAUUACCUUCAAAUGCUAAGUUAGCAAUUACUGUCGAAUUUAAAUCAGAAAUAAAGGAAAGUUUUAUACCAACAACUAGAACAUGUUUCAAUACAAUUGAAUUACCUCUAUAUAAGAAUUUUGCAGAAAUGAAAUAGAAAUUGGAUACAGCUAUAAGUUAUGGUUUAGUUGGAUUUGGAAUUUUCUGA